GUUGUUCGCUCUGCUCGGGAGCCUUCGGAACUGGCACCUUUCGCUUGAUGACAGAGAAGUGCUUGGUCUCGGAGGGCUGCUGCGGUUGUUCGCUGCGCUCGGGAGCCUUGGCAACUGGCAUCUUCUACUUGGUGGUAAACCUCCUUACUCUACUCUACUCCAUCUUGGUCAUGCUCGCUUCACCUCACGUGGCUUGCUUGAAGGUGAUGAUCCCGAUGGAAUUUGAAGAUGAGGCCGGUGGUGGAGACGACGCUUGGCUUGGCGAGAUCUCGAGGCUGCGUGAAGAACCUUGUAAGGAAGAAAUUAUUUGGUUCGACAUCACAAGUAGCAUCAUCGGCAUCCUGCUCUCCCUCACACUCAUAUUUGCUGUUGAUACGUUUGUCCAGUGGCAGGCAUAA